GGAAUAAGCCGCCACGAGCUACGGGAAGAUGUCUGUGUUUUCAUGAUAAAUUCCAGUCACUCGGUCUCUUGCAUUGGACCGCCCCCUCUCCAUCGUCGCCCACUCUCUAUCCUGCACUAACGUCUCGCCUGCUACACUCACGACAUUGACGACCUCUCAUGCGCAACUUUCACAUCGUGGUUCUCGGAGCGGGGGGCGUAGGGAAGUCAGCUUUGACAGUGCGCUACAUGCGCGACAUCUUCGUAGAGCACUACGACCCUACCAUUGAAGAGGAAUACCGUCGCGCAGUGCGAGUAGACGGGGAGCUCUCGUCGCUCGAGGUCCUUGACACUGCUGGGGCAGAACAAUUUACGUCCUUGAACGAAGUCUACAUCAAGUCCGGUCAUGGCUUCGUUCUCGUGUUCAGUUUGACACAAGAAGCUAGUCUUCGCGAAGUGGAUAGCCUACGACAACAGAUCUACAGAAUCAAGGGCGGGAACACGGAUAUUCCCAUCGUCGUUGUCGGAACCAAGCUGGAUCUUCCGAGUGAACGCGAAGUUCAAAAGGACGCGAUGCAGUCCUUGGCCGCCAAAUGGGGGCUUCCCUUCUACGAGACGUCGGCAAAGCGAAAUUGGCACGUCGUCGAUGUCUUCGAAGACCUCGUACGGCAAAUGCGCCUACGAUAUCCGGUCGACCCCGAACGCAAGCGGAAAAGACAUCUGCGCGGCUGCCUCAUAAUGUGACCCCCCACCUGACGACUAUUUAUCCUCGAAGACCUAAACCCCUCUCCCGUCACGCAUGUACUACGCUGUGCAUACAUCCAGACUACUACGCUACAUUUCCUAUCUUGCUUGAUUUUUUGCUGUAUCUUGACCGUUCACCACACAAGGACUACUCGUAUGGAAGUCUUCUUUGGCAAUCGCAUAGCUUUCUGUUGAAUUCCUAUCUGGUUUUUGUCUACUCAUGCGCGCUGUACGCUCUCACUUUGUAUGCUGGCUCUUUUGUCGAAUGGAUUCCCAAGGCGAGUGUGAUGCUGAUGAACCAGGCACUAGUCUCAAGUCUGU